UGAGCUGUCAAUUACAAAAUUCUUGGUCACUUCACAUCUCACAAUAAUAUAUUAUUUUUUGGUUAUUAAAAAAAGGAAAAUGACAAAUUCAAUGUCUAGUGGAUGUUUAGUUUUGGCCAGGUGGUGAUUUAAGUGGUGAAAUGGUUCGGUGGAGGUAUUGCAUUGCGCUGGCAAUGCUGCUCCUUCUACCAGCGAAAACUGAAGACUUCGAUGAAGAUUUAAAAAGUUCGACUUCAAGCAGUAGAAAUGAAGAAGGUGAAGAGGAGGAUGAGGAUGACGAAGAUGACGAAGACGAUGAUUCUGCAGCUGCAGCGGACAAAGGAGAAAGAGUGACAGUAGUACGGCGACCGCCACCUAUCGUACCAACACCUAAAGCACUGACUGUCACUAGAACUGUAAAAAAACGGCCCCUCGAAUGCUAUGUGUGCGCUUACAAAGCCGAGACGCCGUUGAGAGCGUGCUUGGAUCCGACUAAAUACAGAGUGCACACGAUCACAUGUCACAGUGUGGACGACAAAUGCUUUACGUCUGUCAUAUCAAAAGGCAACUCAUACGAGGCGGUGGUGCGAGGCUGCCGCUCUGGCUGUGUUGGCUCACCGGAGACUACUUGCUGCGAGCUAAACCGAUGCAACAACCAGGCAUUUGCGAUGCCCGUGAUAGCACCCCGCACGCUGACUGCAGCCAGUGGCAAAGCAGUCAAGACAAUACCGCCCACAAUACUAUUCUUCGUCACCGUGUUGUUAGUGCUACAGACAGUUGUCAAAGUGGCCUUUGUGUAACCUGAAACGUCCUUCCAUGAGGCACGCAUGAACUUGAAGAUGAAUAUUGCUCUUUCAAUUUUUUUCUACGUAUUCAAAGGAACUUAUCAAAAUAAGUACCUUUUCCAACAUUACCACCGUGACCGAUGGCCGCAUGGUUCGGGUGCCAGUUUAAUGUAUUGAAGGAAGAUACAAAUAUAGGAUUGAAAUCUUGUUACCAAUAAAUUUAUAAAGUACAAGCAUAUGACCGUGUGAGGUGACAGUGAAAAUUUGUGGUGCAUUUAUAAUUAUGAUGUUUUUGUGUAGUGAAGGAUAUUUUUUUGACGUUUGUAUUAAAUUU